AUGGAACCGCCCGAGUGCGACGCGGGCAUCGAGCUCUCAAGACAACGGCCUGUCUGGAUCGCGGGUCUCGCCAAGCUGCGCAUCCAGCCAUGGCCAAAACCAAAAGACGGACGUCUCAGCAGUCUACCAGCCCUGUUCAAAGAUCUCAAAGAAGAGUCCGCGAGAAUCGGAGGCAAGAUUCUGCCGCAUCGACAGCAGACAAGGGCAGCAUCGUCGGCCAGCAAAAGCGCCGUCGCCUCCAACUUGGCGCAAACCAGGCUGCUGGGGUUUCGCCUCUGCAGCGUGUUCCCGUCGCUGGCCGGUGUCAUCAAACAGCGCCGCCUGCGCUUCAGACCCUCGCAGUGUGGCAAAAAACAGUACACCUGCGACGUGUGCGGCAGGAAAUACACGCAGAAGAACAACCUCGUCAUCCACAGUCGCACGCACACGGGCGAGAGGCCCUUCGAGUGUUCGUCGUGCCCGGCCACGUUCAGCAGAAGCGACAUUCUGAAAAAGCAGACGUUGACGCACACCGGCGAACGUCCACAUGAAUGUAACCUUGAGCGGCACAAGAUUGUCCAUUCAGGUGUAAAGAAGUUUACCUGUCAGUUCUGUAGCCGCAAGUUUAGUGCUAAACAAGCACUGACAGAGCACACCCGCACGCAUACGGGAGAGAAGCCGUACCUCUGCCACCUUUGUCCUGCUGAAUUCGCGCAGUGGAGUACGCUGAAGAAGCAUGUUGUGACGCACACUGAGCCGCGCCUGGUCGUGCCGAGGGAGUUUGUAGCCAUGGGUCGUCCAAGGAAGAACAGCACACCUGAAGAAGAUGCCGCCUAUCGCGAGGCUCGACGGGCUGCAGAGAGAGACGAGAUCAGCGGCGGCGAUCCGAUCCAGCCUACUUGA